GUGUGUAGUUGUUGUAGCACUCGGAAGAAGAGCGGUUGAAAGUGGGAGGUGACAGCAAAAGUUUGUUUAUUUAAUUUCUACUAAAGAAUUUUUCAAACGAAAAAAUGUUUAGUUAUCUGACCAAAGAUUCGCGGCGUCACCAGCCGGAUUUGUAUAACAAUGUGGUUGAAGGGUUGAAGAAGAUUUAUAAGUUGAAAAUAUUGCCUCUGGAAGAACAUUACCUGUUCCAUGAAUUUCACUCACCUCCUCUGAACGAUGCCGAUUUUGAAGCUAAACCUAUGAUUUUAUUAGUUGGUCAAUAUUCAACUGGGAAAACUACUUUCAUAAAAUAUUUGCUUGAGAAAGAUUUCCCUGGCAUCCGAAUAGGACCCGAACCAACCACUGAUCGCUUUAUUGCUGUGAUGCACGGCGAGCAAGAGAAUGUCAUUCCUGGAAAUGCACUGGUUGUUGAUCCAAAGAGACAGUUCCGACCUUUGAGCAAAUUUGGAAACGCUUUUCUUAAUCGUUUUCAGUCUUCAGUAAUGAAUUCAGAUGUCUUACAAAGCAUCACAAUCAUUGACACUCCUGGAAUCUUAUCUGGAGAAAAGCAACGUGUUGACAGAGGAUAUGACUUCACCGGUGUCUUGGAGUGGUUCGCGGAAAGAGUUGAUCGCAUCAUUCUCCUCUUUGACGCUCACAAGUUGGAUAUAUCGGACGAAUUUCGGCGUAGCAUUGAAGCUUUGCGUGGACAUGAUGAUAAAAUUCGCAUUGUCUUGAAUAAAGCUGACAUGGUUGAUUCUCAACAACUCAUGCGAGUGUAUGGAGCAUUGAUGUGGUCUUUGGGAAAAGUGCUAAACACGCCUGAAGUUGCUAGAGUUUAUAUCGGCUCCUUUUGGGAUCAGCCUCUGAAUUUUGAUGCUAAUCGUAAACUGUUUGAAGCUGAAACUAUGGAUAUGUUUAAAGACAUACAGAGCUUGCCUAAAAAUGCUGCCCUUAGGAAGUUAAAUGAUUUAAUCAAGAGAGCUAGACUAGCUAAGGUCCAUGCUUACAUUAUAAGUGCCUUAAAAAACCAAAUGCCUGCAAUGUUUGGCAAGGAUCACAAAAAGAAAGAGCUUGUUAAAAAGUUAGGCAAUAUAUAUGCAGACUUACAGAAGGAACAUCAGAUCCCUCCAGGGGAUUUUCCAGACAUGAAAUUAAUGCAAGAGAAAUUGUUGCAACAAGAUUUUGAUAAAUUUAACACUUUAAGGCCAAAACUUUUAGAAGCUGUAGAUAGCAUGUUAAGAGAAGAUAUUGCCAAAAUCAUGUCAAUGAUUCCGAAAGAACAAGAAGAACAUAAUAUUGAUACUGCUCCUGUCAGGGGCGGUGCCCUAAAUACCUUAAUCAAUAAUCCUUUUGGCCAUGGGAGAGGUGAAGGUGCUGAUGCUGGCUCAUUGCAAACAGAUUGGGUAGUUGAGAAAGAUAGAUUCAAGUUUGAUGCAAUUUUCAACCGUUUGAAUCCUGUUGAUGGUAAGGUCACUGGUGCUGCUGCCAAGUCUGAAAUGGUGAAGUCUAAGCUGCCAAACACUGUUUUGGGCAAAAUUUGGAAGCUGUCUGAUAUAGAUAAAGAUGGUCAACUAGACAUGGAUGAAUUUGCACUAGCAAUGCAUCUUAUCAACAUCAAAUUAGAAGGACAUGAUAUUCCACAUGAACUACCCGAGCACUUGAUUCCACCCUCAAAAAAGUGAUUUUGAAGGAUAAUUGCUAUUUAUCCUGGUGCUUUUUAUAAACACUUUGAGAUCACAUUUAUUUAUGUUGUGAAGGAUGCAAUUUUUAAAAAAUAUAUAUAUAUAUAUAUGUAUAUUUGUUUCUUUCUUUCUUUUUUUUUUUUUUUUGAUUGAAACAACUGGUGAUUUUUACAAGCUCAACAGGCUGAAAAUAUAAAGUUGAAAAUUAACUUCUCUGAAAGAAGGUAGAUGUGUAGUACAUUUGUUAUCAGGCCUGGACACUGAAUUCCAUGUAGAUAAUACUGCUUUCUUUUUACACUGUAUCAUGUUGCCAUAUUCAUUAUUUGAUGUAUGCUUGCCUUUGUUUACUUUUUUUUUGUUUCUACAUUAUUGAAUGUAAAAGAAGUUUUGAUUCUUUACAAAAGUAUUGACAUUUCUAAUUUUGUGCAGUAAAACUGGAUUGAGGUCUCAAAAUUUGGCAAUGCAUUCAUUUCCUUCAUAUAAACAUUUCUGCAUCCUAUAACAUUAUAAGUACUAGGUUGAAACUUGAUAAAGCUUUUCAUUAAAAAUGUUUAGUCUUUUCAGUCUUUCAUUUUAGUCAUUUUGUUUUUUAAUAACAUUAAUGAGUUACUAUUAUUUGAAUGUUAAAACUUUUAAUGUAUAUUUAAUGCAAAAUACAUAAUUUUCAGUCAUUAAAUACUUAAACUACCGUAUUUAUUAAAUAUUUUGUGAGUAAAACUUUUAUACUGUUAAGAAUUAUUUUAAUUAUUGCUUUUAUUAUGAAAGUAGUAAUAAUGGAAAAGGCUAUGUAGCUUUUAAUGUUAAAACAUUUGCCAUAGUUGUUGUACAUAAAGUCUUGUCAUAACACCAGUGCCUAAUUUCUCAGACAAGCUUCUUCUUACAAAUUAAAAUUUUAGCACAAUUAUAUUUAAUAAAAAAAGGAGUUUUUAUUUUUAUAUGAAAAAUGUUUAGGUUCAAUAUGUAUAUGUGAAACCUGCUUGACAUUUUUUACAAUUUUUAUGUCCGUUGUGAGAGAAAAGAUACCGAUGUUUGAUGAUAUUCAAAGUUCCUGUGUGUAAUCAAAUAAAGACAUUGUGAUAUGCAGAGCAGUAAUUUUUUUUAUAAUGCAGUAUUAUUUUUGAUUUUUAAAAUUAAGUUUUUUUUUUUCAUCAAGAAUCUCAUUUGCUGUUGCUUAACCUAAAAGUAUACAUUUCAAAGUUACCCAUUGUCUCUUGAUUUUUGAAUUAUAUGUAUAUAUAAUUCAAUAUGUUUCAGAAUAUUUUUCUACACCUUUUUUUGAUGUUUGCCAAAAUUGAUGUCAAAGAUGCAUAUUUGUACUAUUUAUUUUAUGUAUUUGUCUAUAUUAAAUAAUAA